CGAAAUUCUUUGAAGGAAGUAAAUUACUUUAGGACGCGGAGGUACAAUUUUGAAUGAUUAAUGAUUUGAGUGAUGUAAAAUGGCAGGUUCCGCAUUGCUUGUGGUUGCGUUUGACUUUGGUACAACAUACAGUGGCUAUGCUUUCUCGUUCUGGGAUGACCCUUUAAAAAUACAGACAAAUCAAAAGUGGAUCGCUGGAAGCGAUCAACUUAUAUCCUGGAAAACACCAACUUGUGUCCUUCUCGAUCGAAGUGGGCAGUUCCACUCGUUUGGAUAUGAAGCAGAAAAUCACUUUGCUACCCUUGUCGAAGAUAAAGAGCACCAGGAAUGGCGUUUGUUUCGUAGAUUUAAAAUGAUUCUUCACAACAAUAAGGAUCUAUCAAGAUCGACCACCGUUGAAGAUAUAAACGGAAAAUCAAUGCCAGCAAUGACGAUCUUUACAAUGUCAAUAAAAUAUCUUAAACAACAUUUCACUGAGGCACUCAACAAACAAAAGACCGGCAUUGUUGAUGAAGACAUACAAUAUGUUAUUACUGUACCUGCCAUAUGGAAUGAUAAUGCUAAGCAAUUCAUGCGUGAAGCAGCAGAAAAUGCUGGCAUAGAUAAGGCACGUCUAAAGCUAUCUUUUGAACCAGAAGCAGCGUCUAUUUGGUGUCAGACAAUUUCUACAGAUGUAAAGGAGACAUGGUCUAAAGCAGGGAGACAAUACAUGGUGAUCGAUCUCGGAGGCGGUACUGCAGAUAUAUCUGUGCAUGAGAAACAAAUCGAUGACACAUUAAAGGAACUCCAUAAAGCAAGCGGUGGUCCCUGGGGAGGAACAGUUGUUGAUAACAACUAUUUAGAAUGGCUGACCAAGAUAUUCGGGAAUACCACAAUGGAAAGAUUUAAAAGUGAGCAAAUGGAAGACUACUUUCAAAUGCUUAGGGAAUUCGAAAUAAAAAAGCGAAGCAUCAAUCCCGAAUCAAAGGGGAAAUUUACUUUUAGACUGUCUGCAUCAAUUAAAGAGCUUUAUCAGGAGAGUAACAGUCUUCACUUAGAGAAAAGAAUUGCCAAUCUGGGAUUGUCGGGAAUGGUUACAUUUUCUAGCGACAAAUUGAGAGUUGAUGUUUCUGUAGUUAAACAAUGGUUUGAAACUCCUAUCAAUAGCGUGAUUGAGCAUGUACAACAUAUUCUUGCAAAACAGAAUAUGCAAACAGUCGAAACAGUUCUUUUAGUUGGUGGAUUUGGCGAGUGUAAAUUAGUCCAAGACCUGAUACAGAGAGAAUUAAAGUCCAAGAAAAUCAUUAUCCCAGAAGAGGCAGGUCUUGUCGUUCUCAAAGGUGCAGUACGGUUCGGACAUUUUCAGGAUACUGUACGUUCAAGAGUAAUGACCCACACAUACGGGAUGGCUAUCUUUGAAGAUUAUGACGAGCAAAAACAUAAAAAUGCUGAAGUAGAUUUUAUAGAUGGUAAGAAAAAGGCUUGCAAUGUCCUGAAAAAAAUUAUACAGGCUGGAGAAGAGGUUACUAUUGGAAAAUGUGUAUCUAAAGGUCCAUACACACCAACCGACCCUGACGAAACGACAAUUUGUGUAUACUGUACAGAAGAAAUGUAUCCCGAAUAUUCAACAGAUGUGGGUUGCAAACACAUUGGUACACUAAAAGUUGCACAUGCAAAUGGUUUAUCGAAAGACGAUAAUAGUCUGCAGGCUUCCUUCAUAUUUGGUGAUACCGAACUGCUUGUGAAAGCUGUAAAUAUCAAAACGAAGGAAGAAUUUUCAACGUAUAUGGACUGUCUGUAAACAGUAGAACAUCUGCAGCCUGAUAUUCUACAAUAGAGAAAUACUUUAUUGUGCAGACGUUAUUUGAAUGCAAAUACUGGAAGGUUUGACUUCAAGAUCCCCUUUGAAGUUAUCAACAAAGUAAUCUAUUAUUAAGACUGUAAUGAAGAAUGAAGUAAAUGGUCUAUAGUAAGAAAUAUUACAAUUAUAAAUUAAAUAUAUGUAUAUGAUUUAUGAUUUUGAUACUUUGGUUCAUGUCAAAUUAUUUUCUUAAUAUAUGAUGGUAUAAAAAACACUUUUUCAAAAAGCUAUAAUAGCUGUACAUUUUAUGAAUUAGGGCAUACCUAUCACUUUUAAUAACACCAAUUUGAAAUAUUUUGAAGAGUUGCUUAUAAAGCGUUUUUCAGCGUAUAAUUUAUUAUGCAUGUAUACAAUUAGAUAGAAAAACUGAGUGGCUGUUUUAAAUACGUGUCGUAUGAAUCAUUGAAAUUUUUUAUUAGUAGUUCAUUUUAUACAGAGG